GUAUUACCUGAAAAAGUAAAUCCAUAAUUUCCUGGUUUUACUUGGAAGCACAAUCGUCACUUGGAUUGUGCUAAAAACAUAUUCUUCUUGAGAAUACACGAAUUUGUCAUCAUCAGAGACUGCACUCUGGGACAAGUUAUCCGAACUAGGGACGCAGUUCUCUGGAUUACGGCAAGAAAUGGCUGAUAACGUCUAUUUGGAAGUUUCAUUUGCGAUUAUCGCUGUCCUUGCAAUCUGCUCCAAUGCGACCUUCUGCAUCGUGCUACUUCGGGACAAAAGACUGCUGAACACGGCGUGCAAUGUGCUGCUCUUCAGCCUGGCUUUAACAGAUAUGUGCACAGGCCUUAGUUUGUUCUUCACGCCAGCCUACGUGGUCGCCCCUCAGUACUUCACGGUUCCACUUGGCGUGAUCGGGGACUUUUUCUGCCGCAUCAUCUUCUCCCAGUGCCUUGUCUUCACACUCGGCAUCAUUUCCGUAUAUACACUCACCUUUAUGGCUGUUGAGCGCUGGUACGCCGUGACAAGACCUCACCAGUACAAAGCGAUGUUCGCAAAAAACCGAAAGUACCUCUACGUGGCGAUGGUAUGGCUGUGGUCAUGUCUCCUCAACGCACCGCAUGCCCUAGAGAUGGAGCUGACUACCCACAAUGCAUCAGAGCCCACUUGUGAGUGGGUGACGGCAAUAACCAAUAAGAAUACCCGUCUGGUGGUCGCCGUGGGGGAGUUCCUGUUAAAGUUCCUCCUCCCCGUGUUGGUCACGUGCGCUACCUUUAUCAGCCUCCAGAUGACUGUCCACAAACCCGGAUGUCAGUUCCUGAGGCGCAACGGCAAGGCUGGCAUGCGUCUACUGCGCAUGUGCACAUUCACGGCCUUUGCGCUUGCGGCUUGCUGGGCUCCUAACCAACUAUACUACAUUCUGUUUAAAUUCGGUCACUCCCAGCUAAACGUCCCCGCGCAUCACGUGACCGUGAUACUCUGCAUGUUUAACAGCUGUAUAAAUCCGUGGAUCUAUUGCGCGACUAACAGAACUUACAGAAAGAAGUUCACGGCUCUUGCUCGCGCCAUUUGCUUCCGCGGACCGCAGGUGAACUGUGACGUCACAACAUCCGGGUCCCCGAUGGAAGGCUCGACGGGGACUGGUGUCCAAAAUAAGCCGGAAACAAUUUCAACCACAGAUAGACCGCUAAGCAGUAAAAUGCAACAGAACAUUCAGUAUGGCUCUGUCAUUACAGUCUUGGAACCCGAAAAGCGUCACGUGCCAGCUGGUGCUGAAAGUUUGGAGCUUGAGAUUCCUGGUGUCACUUCCGCCGGAAAUAACACGACCGCGAGCUUUGUGAACGAUGCUGAUGGGACUGAGUUACAGAGUAUUGAAAGUCCGAGUCCGACGAUCGAAGAAACGCGUACUUGAAGACUUCACGUGGAAAACAAUUCAGCGUCUAUAGAUUAGGGCGAAAUCAUAGUUGUGUUGAAGUGUGAGUGCUGAAAAACUGCAAAAUAGAUAACAGAAUUACAAUAAAAAAGAAGACAAAUGAAAA